AUGGUAAUCUUCUCAGUGUACAUUCCCAAUGACCACAGCCAGGGACAACUACCGAGGAAGUGGCUACGGGAGCGAUUAGAACAUAUGGAGAAUGCCAUCGAGGCCUACAGAGCCCGGUGCCAAAGCCCAUCUUUGGAGGUCAUCGUGAAGCACUCUCUGCCUAACUGCUCCCAAUGGACCGAACAGAGACAAAAUCUACAGGAGAGAAUUGGGCUGGGAGUGAACAAUCUUCCUCGCCUGCUAGGAAAUAAGCCUGAAGGAUCGCCGGACGAUUGGAAGCCAGAUAUGGUGAUGAUUAAAGCAGCUAUCCAAUUUGCAAGAGAGACUGGAAGGCUAGAUGAAAGCCGAGAAUAG